AUGCCCAUCCAAGUAACGCGCAUGAAAGAGGCCGAUAUCGACGGCGCAAUCGAUACCAUACAACAAGCCUUCGCCAAUGACCCCUACAACAAUUGGGUCUUCCCAGAUCGUGAGAAGGUCUCGCUGACCCGAAACCGUGUAUCACUCACCCUGCGCUGCCGAUGGGGCAUCGAACAUGGCCUCUUCCACGUCGCACGCGACACCUCGAACCCGUCCAAGAUCCUCGGCUGCGCCAUGUGGCUCCCACCGCGACCCACGUCCGAGCCCGAGUCCUGGUCGUUAUACCUCUCGUACUGGUAUCUCUGGGCCAACCAAAUACGCAUGAACCUGUGGUACGGACGCGGCGGCCUCAGCACAACGCGAUAUUGGAUAUGGAAGGCAAGACAGGCGGAAGCGCAGUCUGAACUCUGGACGGACCCAAAGGGAUACUAUUUCUGCAACAUCGUUACUGUGUUGCCGGAGUGCCAGGGACAGGGUGUGGGAAGGGCAUUGAUGGAAGAGGUGCUGGAUAUGGCUGACAAGGAGGGGAAGAUGUGCUAUUUGGAGAGUAGCAGGAGUGAGCCGAAUAUCGCUAUCUAUGAGAAGUUUGGCUUUCGGUUGGCGAGGGAGAUGGAGUGUAGAGAUGGAGAGGGGGAGAAGGACGCGAUCAAGCUAUAUUGCAUGCUCAGGGAGCCAAAAGGCGGGAAGGACCAGGAAGACUCGGAGGCAGGAAACAAGAACGUUGCUGCAGAGACAGCUGGGACAACGCCCGAGAUAGGACAAUAA